GCUACUUCAUCCACGACAGCCUUGACAUCAUCUUCAACCACCAGUCUCGCUCGUCAUGGGAGUACCUGGUGCACCACGCCAUGGCCAUCUCUGCCUUCGUCUCGCUCAUCAUCACUGGCCGUUUCCUCGUGGCAGCGAUGCUGCUGCUGCUGGUGGAGGUGAGCAACAUCUUUCUCACCAUCCGCAUGCUGCUGAAGAUGAGCAACGUGCCUUCCCCGGCGCUCUACGAGGCCAACAAGUAUGUCAACCUGGUGGUGUACUUCGCCUUCCGCCUGGCACCUCAGGCUUACCUCUCCUGGUACUUCCUCCGCUACGUGGAGGUGCAGGGCCAGGGUGCCUUCCUCGCUAUCAACCUCCUGCUGCUUGAUGCCAUGAUCCUCAUGUACUUCUCCCGUCUCCUCCGCUCCGAUUUUUUCCCCUCCCUGCGCAAGGGCUCUGCAGGGAGAGACGUGGAUGGUGACAAGUUUCUGAUAGACUGA